AUGCCGCCGACGCCCGGCAUUUUGAUGCCGCCGACGCCCGGCACUUUGAUGCCGCCGACGCCCGGCACUUUGAUGCCGCCGACGCCCGGCACUUUGAUGCCGCCGACGCCCGGCACUUUGAUGCCGCCGACGCCCGGCACUUUGAUGCCGCCGACCCCCGGCACUCUGUCUCCACAUCCCCAGCCGCCGCCUGCUCUCUUCAAGAUGUUUCCGCUUCCGUCUCCUCCGCCGUCCUCUUCUUCUGCCUCCAACUCUCCCCCUGUGGCAGCCGGAUCGCCGUUCUCUCCGGUCCUUGUUUCCCUGGUUCGUUUCUGCUGCGACCUCUCGCGCUUGCCUGUGACGCCCUCGGCAGCGCAUCCUCUGCUUUCGUCAUUCGUUGCCCAGCUACUGACUUCGCCUUCUUCGCCACCAUGUGCGCCUGACAGCCGGUCUGACGCAGUCUCCGCGCAGGGCGCCCACAGCCGCGAAGCGCUGCUGCGCGAGAUUUCUUCUCUCUUGCUGCCGAAUGCGCUCUUCCAGUGGCGCCUUGCAAAGCUUCAGGAGAGCGGCGCAAGCGCCAGACCCGUUCCCUUCUCAGCGUCUUUUCUCUCGGCAGCCUCGCAAAACAGCUGCCUCUCUUCACCUUCCGCCCCCGGUUACUCGCGAGCGCAGGACGCCCACCGAAAUUGCGGCGCGAGUGACGCAGAGCGUGCGGCCGAGCGAGAAGACGCCUUGCCCCACGCUGCGCACGGCGCCACGGCCUUCUUCGGCUCGUCUGCUUCCUCCUUAGCCGACUCGCCUCUGUCGCUCCCCGUCGUUCGUCUGCUCCUGGAGGCCUUCCUUCUCCUUCUUCACGCGUGCUCCAACGAGCAGCGUCAAGCUCUCAUCUUCCCACCUUCGGCGGCUGCUUCCUCCGCCCGCGCGCCGCGCGCGCUGCAGGGUGUGCUGCGACCUUUUCGGCUGCUUCUGCUUCUCGCGUCCUCUUCGGUUUCCGCGUCUUCCAAGCGCGAAGGAAAGGGCGAGAAGAAGGCGCGCAGAAGGGAGCGAGAAAGUGCGAAGCACAACAAGGAUGCCGCGAGCGCGAACGACGCCGAGGCCUCUGCCGCGCCCAAGGGACGCCUCAACAAGAAGCGCGGAAAAGAGGCGAAUCCGCAACUCGCUCUCUCGUGGGUACUGCAGGGACCGCCCCAAGACAAAGCGACGCUGGCGAGACUCGCCAGCCGGGUUCUUUUCGAGGCUUCUGCGCCUCAGCCGCCCGCGUCGAGCGCGGCGUGCGAGCCCUGCCGCCGCCUCCGCGGCCGGGGAGACUCAGAGACAGGCGGAGGUCGGGAGCGUUUGUCUGCCGGGGAACAGGAUGCAGCGGAAGCCGACUUUGGCCUGCUCUUCACGCCUUGCGCCUGCGCGCUAUCCGCGGGCUCGGAGUGGGUGAUGAGCGAGCUCCUGUGCACGCGGGAACGGAUUCUCGACGCCGAAGAGUUUCAGCACGGCGACCUCGGCCUCACGCGCGCAGAAGAGGCCGCCCGCGGAGGCGCGGACGCAGACAAAGCUGGGCGUCAGGCGCCGGGGGACGAAGUCGACACGCGAGCUGAGGACGCACACGGCAUUCGCUUCGACGAGGCGCUGACCUGCGAGGGCACGUGCGCUAUGUUGGAGAUGUGGCUGGCGCUGCUGAACGAAAGAAAGGAGCACCUGGAGAUUCGCCGUCUGUCCCGCCGCCUCCUUCCCCUACUGCACGAGCUGGUCACGUCACCCGUCUUCCGGUCCCAGCGAAAGUGCAUGUUCACUCGCGUCCUCCCGCGCGUGCUUCGGCACGGACUUAAUCCUCGCCAGGCGGCUGUGUUUAUGCUUUCUCUCGUUUCGACUCUUCUUGAUGGACGAACGAGCUUUUGCCUGUCGACCGCCGAGCGCGGGCUCCUGUCGUCGCUUGCGCCCGAAGACGGUGCCGCUCAGGAGCAGGCCGCGGACGCUCAGUGUGCCCUCGCGCACCCGACCCUCGUUUUUCCGCCUUCGUCCUGCUUCGUAGCCGCCUCCGCGCCUUCACUCAACUCCCAGACGACCGCCGUUUCUGCCCCGGGUUCUGUCCUCUUCUCGAGGACAGUCUCCGCGCGUCCGAACGGGACGGGGCACAGGGCUCCAGAGCCCACGGUCGGGAGCGCCAAGUGUCUCGAGGCUCCCCGAUCCAAGCUCGAGCAGCUCGCAGACAGGGAAGAUGCCUUUGACCUUGCGCUGCGCUUUCCUGACAUUUUCUUCUGCGCGGCGUUUUCUCUCAAGCGAUUCGGCGACGACAUGCUCUGCGUCGCGCAGAGAGGCGUCGGCGCGCGUGACCCCUGUCUCGACUCAGCCGAUGCCCGAUGGACGUGGUUGUUCGCUGGCCUCGUGGACUCUGCGCCGCUCUCUCGCAAACGCGCUCGGGCGCUGCUUGAGCAUGUCCAGGCGGCCGUGCAGCAGCCACUGCUGCAUACCCUGCGCGAAAGGCAGAAGGCUGCACAGCGGGGGCAGCGGGCGAAGGCGCGGGAGUCGGGGCCUGCAGGCCUGUCAAGCUGCGAUGCGAGCGGCGCAGGCGCCGACGGGGAGGAGGCGAGGCUCUCAAUGUUCGAGCAAGAGCUGAAGAGCUGUGGGGUGUCUGCCGAGGAACAAGAGGUUGGCUGGCAGGCGUUCUUGCAGCUGCUUGAGGCGCUGGAGGACUUUUCUCAGCACCUGAUCAAGCAGCAGUGGAAGCACAUGCGGCGUCUUUGCGCGCUCGCCGCGAAAGUCUCGCUCAGCCGUCUCCUCGCACGCUCCGCACCGCCUCGAGAGGCGAAAAAGGCGGCGGGUAUCGGGCACAAAGCGAGCGCGUUCGUCGCCCUCUCGUGUGUGUCAUUCGCCCCGUCCGGUGCGGCGGGUCCGGUCUUGACAGACGCGCGUGAAAUGGAAGCUGACGCGGAGGGCGCACCCCGACCCGCGGGCGGCGAGGCACCUCCUGCCGUCUCGCCGCUUAUUCUGCAGCCGCUGUGGGUGGAGACUGUUCUGAAGCGAAUCUUAUCGCACGACAAUGCCCUCUUGACCCGAUCGCUUCUGCUUGUAUUCCUUUCCUCCUGCAUCGAGGACCUUCACCUCUAUCCGCUUUUGUGGGAGUUCCUGCGGCCCUCCCCGAAGGCGUCGGCGGCGGGCAAGCCUAGCGCGACCGGCGAGGUGGGCUGCACGGGAGGGGCAAGCGAAGAGGCAGAGAACGCCGAGCGCCGGAACGACGCGGCCGGGCGCGACUUCGGGUCAGGCACUGUCUCUAGCUCGAGUGUGUGGACUUCUGCGACGAAUCUUGCGGCGCGGGCAGCAGCGGCAGCGGAGGGAGGCGGCGGAAAGGCCGUGAGCUCGAUCCAGGGGACGGACGCCGACGGCGAGCGGCCGCCGGAGCUCCUCUGCAUCGGCUGGGACUUCUUCCUGCACGCGCUGCUCCCAAACCUGGCCGCGAGCAACUUGUAUAGCCGCAGCAGCGACAGCCACAUUGUCGAGAAGGUUGUGAAGAAGUUCAUCCAGAGUCGCCUCGUCGCUGAGUUUCUGAUCCACGCGUGGAGACUCAGAGCUGCGGGAAGACACGCGGGAGACGCCGUAAACGGGGAGGCGAGGAGCCAGCGCCUUUCGGCCCCGCACGGCAGAGACUCGAAUUCCUCCGCUUGCGCGCAGUGCUCGGCUUGGGGGGCGGAGCCUCACGCAGAGGGCUGCCUGUGCCUCGAGUCGCCGUUUUCUCUUUCGGGGGACGCGAUGACGUUCCUGCGCGGGCUCGCGCCUUGCGCGUACCACGAGGCUGCGGAGAAGAGCGUCGGCGGAUUCGUCGUGGCGAUGAGUGCAUGCAACAUGACGUACACGCCAUUCCGGAUCUGGCUGCAAGCGCUAAACGGUCUUCCCACAUGGGGAUCGCCGUCCGCGCCGCUUUUGCGCUCGUCCAGCGCCUCUUCCGGUGGCGGCCGCGCCGCGUCGGCGGCGACGCCGCGUGCGCUCUGCCGUUUGGGGCGUGGCUUUUCGCGUGCGCAGGCCCCGGCCUUUGUGGCCCUGUUGAGGCUGCUGUUCGAGCACAUUCCUGCAGUCAUUCGAAGCUCGCUCUUUUCCCGCCUUCUCCAGUUCUUGUCACUGCAUGCGCAGCGCAGCGCGCUCUCGCCUCUUGACCUCGCCCUCCUCUUCGCAGACGCCGGGGACGCACUCACAGCUCCGUGCCCAGCGACCGCUGCAGCUGCACCUCCGCGUACGACGAACGCCGAGACCCCGGGCACGAUCCGCUCGCCGACGCCCACCUCCGAGGGGCAGAGGCUGCUCCUCACUUUUUUCCCCGAUGCGGCUGCCUUUCGCGCGUCGGUCCUCGCGCUUUUCGCCGCGCUUCUGCGAGACGCGCCGGCGCCUGAGCGCGGAGACGGGGAAACCGACGCGGCGCUGGAAGCGUGCGAAAGCUCGGGCAGCGAGACGAGCUGUGUGGCGGACUUCCCGAGAGACAUUCUGUGCGAAAAAGUUGCCGUCGGCUGCUUGCGCAUGUGCGGCCUGGCGAAGGGCCUAUCGGGCGGAUACGACGUUCAGCACGAGAUCGCCGUGCUCCUUUUUUCUUCUCCAGCCCUUCUGCGCGUCUACUCGCGGCCCGCGCUUCCUUCCCUGGCGGUUCGCUCGAAGCUCGCUGCGCUGUCAGCUUUCCUCCGGUCGGAGUACAUCUAUCGGGCUUCGGCAUCCCUUCCCUCUCCUUCUUCCUCGCCCGGCGCGUCUCUGGAGACAGCGUCAGCAGCAGCACCAUUCGCCUCCGAGCUCCCACUUGUCGCAGGGGAGGUCGUCUCGUACAUCGUCUGUCACCUUACGGCCUUGAUGCAAGCAGACGCGUCCGCGGAAGCCGAAUCUGAUGGGAGCGCCAGCGCCUUCAGCACCAAUGCCCUCUGCUUGAACUUGCCGGUGUACGUCUCGGCCGUCGCCUCGCUUUCGCUGUUGGCGUCUGCGGGCCUGCAACUACGCUGCAUCGAUACGGUGACGUCGCGCUGCGAAGACAUCAUCCAGGCCCUGGGCGUGGACGCGGCGUCUCAGAAGUCUCCUCGUGACCUAAUCCUAGUUUCUGCGGCGCUCUGCUUGCUCGCUGCUUCCGUGUCGCACCUGCUUCCUCCCACUGCGGACACUUUGGCGCCUGCGACGCCCUGCGGCACGGAUGCGGCGGCAGCUGCGGAUGCGGACAUGGAAGACCGCAUGAAGAAGGCGUCCCUCCGCUUGUUUCUUGUCUUCCUAGCCAAGGUCAACCGGCCUCUGGCUACCCAGCAUCGCCACGCGGCGCUUGCCUCGCUGCUGGAGACGGGAGAGGGCGACCGAAAGGGCUCUGGCUCCCUCCUCACGACGUUGUCGUCGUCGCCGUCUCGCAUGCCCGUCUCGUCGCUGCCUCUCUCUCCGGCCGACCCGCGUUCUGCGUCGUGCUCUUCUUCGUCCUUGUUUGCGUUCGCGGAAGUUGGAGAUUUCUCGUCGUGGCCUGGCGUCAUCAGCAGCUUCCACCGUGCGCGUGCGACGCUUCUGGAUACUUUGUCUUCGGCGACUCUGCGCGCCUCGCGCGCCGUCUCCUCCGACGCUGCUGCCCCUCUCGCGUGUUCCUCCCUCGUCGGGUGUUUCCUCCAGCAUGAGAUGAUGGCUCAAAGGGCGCCAGCGGCUGCGGAGCACUUCCAGGCGAGCGACGCUGCACCUUCCUCUUCGCCCCCUUCGGCUUCCCCCUCGGGUUCGGCGUCUCUGUCUCUUCUGUCUCUGCCUUUGCCCCCCUCGAGCUUGCCCCGCGAAGAGAUCUUGGUGGUCUGCCCAGCAGCGGAGCUCGAGUUGCUCUCUGAGCGUCUCCUCUCUGCGCUGGCGCUCCACAUUCAGCGCGCGUCUGAUCAGGACUCUGAGUUCGCGCGCCUCGCGGCGUCGCGGGUCCGCUCGCCCUCAGCGUCUGUGCUCUCGCUGCCUCGCGUGGUGGCGUUGGGACUCUUGAGCGAGAUCGAGGGGUGUCCGCCUGCUGCACUGGCGUCUCUCUUCCGCGCAAUCCGCCGCUUCGCUCUGCCUCUCCUGCUGCUCCCGCACCACGGCCCGCUCGGCGCGGAAGGCACAUCGCCGGGCGCACUCGCGGCGCUUCAGGCGCUGCUUGUCGAGUUCACCACGCAGACUGAGAGGAUCAUUUCCGACCGGACUGAGACGGCGCUGCCUCUCUCAGCGGUGCGCGAAGCUUGCCUCGCCGUCCUUUCGCCUCUGAUGUUAGCCACUGAGAGCCGCUGCCUGAGGAGGGAGGAACGGAGUCGGCGCAACGACCACGGCGGAAGCGACCCGCAAGACGACGAUGCAGAGGCGCAGAGUGGACCGCAUGACCAGAAGGGCGCCUUCGUGCUCAACUUCGCCAAGGCGCUCCUGGGCCUCGGCAAAAACACGCUGGCUGUCUCCCGGGCUGCUGUCGUGCCUCUCCUGUCGUCGUUAGCCGUCUUGGGCGUCCACGGGGCGACGGCAGGCCUCGAGAGCGGAGAGGGAGACGCCGGCCGCAGACGCAUCUCUGCCUCGUCGCCGCCUGCCUCGUCGCCGCCUGCCUCGCCCGCCGCCUCUUCGGGCCCCCGAUUCUUCCAGCUGAGCGACGCGUACAUCCGGCUGCUGGCUGAAGUUCUUCUGCACCGCGAAUUCAUUUUGCUCGAUGGCGCGUCGGCGACGACAGUCGACCCCUUCGGCGCGUCCGCUCCGUGGCUCGCCCAAGACGACCAGGAAGAAGCGUCUCUCUGGCGAACGCCGUCUUCGCCUCUCUCAGUGCUGACGUGCUCAGAUCCUGCCGCCUUCUUUGUCGCUUCCUCGCCGCUGUGUCGAGCCGCAGACCAGCGAGCGUCCUCCUGCAAGCCGCUGUUCUUGCCGGCGCGUCUUGCCACGCUGCGUCAAACUCCAGCUUUCGUGCGACUUUUGGCGCUCUCUUUCUUCCACCUCCUCGGACGCGCAAGCUGCACACCUGCGACGGAGAAGGCAGGGGAAAUGGCCUCUUCGUCUGAACCCCAGGAAGGCCCCGAAGCGAGCCUCGUCGUGUCCCUGGCUGCCUCGCUUUCCUUCAAAGCCUUCGCGCGCGACCUGCUCUUCAGAGUUUCUUCGCGCCUUCUCGACAUCGUCACUCGAGCUCCGUCUCACUCCGGCGGGUCGCGAGAGGCGGCAGAGGAUGGCGACGACGGCGGUGCCGUGGGACGUGAUGGAGAGGAGAGGAAACUUGGAAGGAAUCCAGGCAAUUACCUGCCCAUGCCGAACUCCUGUCACCACCGAAUUCUCUUGCGUGGCUGGCAAGCGCUCGCGUCCUUUGCGCCGUUCUUCCGGUGUGCGCCGGCUCCCGUCCUUGACACACUCCACACUCAGAUCUGGAAAGCUGUCACGAUGCCUCAGCUUGCAGACGUGCGCCACUACAUUGACAUCAUGGCAGUUCAAGUCCUCCUGAUGUUCCCCACACAGAGCUGCACGCCGCUCGCUGCGAUUCUCCUUAACUUCGACUCGCCUACGCAGACGCUCAUCGGAGCGCUCACCAUCGCGGGCUUUUUUCUGCUCCACGAAGCAGAUGCGGAGCGAGUGGGCGGAGAGUCUAAGUCCCUCGCCACAAUGCCGAAUGGCGACCGAGAACACGUCAAGCAUACCCUCUUCGCGGCUGUUGCGCCGUACCUGACGUCCAACGCCGCGUACCCCAGAGGCGUCGCUCAAUAUGUUGUCUACGAAUACCUAAAUAAAUCCCGAAAGGACCAUCAAACUCCGCUCGCCAUGGGGGCCUCGGAAGAGCAGCGGAAUCUCCGGGAUCAGGUGGGAGCCGCGGCCGCGCCAACCGAAUCGUCUCCCUUUGAUAAAACGUCAGGCGGGUCCUUGGGGGCGGCCGUUCUUCACGGACUGUACCGGCAACUGGAGGAGUCGAAGGAGUGUCGUAAAAUGCGCGCAAAGUGCUCAGAAGUUUUUCCUCUGUGGCAGCCGCACGUGCUUGGCUCGCUCGACAGUCUCUUGACAGUGGGCCCCGAGGGAACCUCCGAUGUGCUCUAUGACGCCGCGAACAAAGCUACAGCAUCUGCACUGGCAGGGAUUGCAGUCCCGCCCCCUCCGUCGUCCUCGUCUGCGUUGGGCUCUGCGGCUCUAGGCGAAGGCGACGGGGCGCUCGGUGUGGAGGCUGUGGCGCGGACUGUCUUGGCGGACUUCGAUCUGCGGCCGUCGUGGGCUCUCGCGGUCGCCCUGAAGGACGCCAUCAAGGAGGAAAUGGGCGUCGCCUGGCAUGGCAAGGGCCAGGAGGGCGAGGAGACGAUGGACAACGUCGUAGCGUCUCUCGCAGCCCGGGCGACGAGUCCAGGAGACAAGGGCGAGGGCGAAGCAAAGGGAGCUGCGCCUCCCACGUCGGCGCCAAACGAACUCGAUAGAAACACCAGCAAAGAGGCGAACGCGGCGCGCGAUGAGCGAGACGCAGACGGCGAAAAACGGGCAGCGGGCGAGAAGCAAGAUCUCGUGUGUCAACGCAAAUUCGUCCCUCAGCAAAACCAGCGAUCGAAGGAAGACGAGACCGCACGUGCGGACCUUGUGUCGCCGUGGCUCUACGUUGGGGGAGAGGGCGAGGCCCUUGAGCGCGAACUGCGACAGCGAGGCGAACUCGUUGUUGUUGCCUCCCUCGUUAACAAAGUCCCGAAUCUAGCUGGGCUUGCACGCACAUGCGAGGUUUUCGACGCCAAGAAACUCAUCAUUCACAAUUUAGACAUCCUCAAUGACCCACAGUUCAAUACGAUUGGCGUUUCUGCUCAUCGAUGGCUCCCUAUCGAACAGGUUUCCGCUGAUGAGGUUGCGACUUAUCUGAUGGAGUUGAAGGCGCAGGGCUACACCGUCGUCGGCGUUGAGCAAACCGGCUCGUCGGAGAUGCUAGAGGCCUUCACGUUCGACCGCAAAACAGCUCUCGUGUUGGGGGCUGAAAAGGAAGGAUUGCCUGCUGCGCUUCUAGUCCUUAUGGACGCAUGCAUCGAGAUCCCUCAAUUGGGUCUCAUUCGUUCGCUGAAUGUGCACGUUACAGGCGCUAUGGUCAUUUGGGAAUAUACCAAGCAGCACGCUCUUGCAUGA